UAAACUCUGUAAUAUUUUAAGAAUUUUAAAAUGAGUAGAAACAAAUCUUCUAAACGUAAGCACUCGGUCCAUUGGUUCCGCAAAGGACUGAGAUUGAGUGACAACCCAGCUCUGCUGAGAGCUAUUCGAAGAUGUGAAACCUUUCGAUGUAUCUUCAUCUUGGAUCCAUGGUUUGCGGGAUCAUCUAACGUUGGAACUAACAAAUGGAGGUUUCUGCUCCAGUGUCUUGAGGACCUUGAUAACGGGCUCAGAAAACUCAACUCCAGAUUAUUUGUGGUCAGGGGUCAGCCUGCAGACGUUCUACCCACACUAUUCAAGGCAUGGGGGACGACAUAUUUCACCUUUGAGGAGGAUCCAGAGCCCUUCGGUCGAGUUCGGGACCAGAAUAUUAUGGCGAUGUGCAAGGAGAUGGGCAUUGUGGUAACAAAAGAGCAUUCACACACACUCUACAACUUAGAGAAAAUAAUCUACAGAAACGGCGGGAAGGCGCCCCUGACUUAUAAAACAUUUCAAACAAUUAUUGAGAGCAUGGAUCCUCCGUCUAAACCUGUUCCAACCUUGACCCUGCUGAUGCUCGGAACUGGGAUUACUCCACUUUCAGACGACCAUGAUGAAAAGUAUGGGGUUCCCACUUUAGAAGAACUAGGAUUCGACUGCGAUCAUCUUAAACAAUCUGUUUGGGAAGGCGGAGAGACUGAAGCAUUAUCAAGAUUGGAACGGCAUCUGGAGAGAAAAGCCUGGGUGGCAUCCUUCGGUCGUCCUAAGAUGACCCCGCAGUCCUUGCUAGCUAGUCAAACCGGUCUCAGCCCCUAUCUCAGGUUUGGGUGUUUAUCUACAAGACUGUUCUACCAUGCCUUGUCAGAUCUCUACAGAAGAAUAAAGAAGUGUGACCCACCCCUCUCUCUUCACGGUCAGCUGCUCUGGCGAGAGUUCUUCUACUGUGCUUCAACAAAGAAUCCAAAUUUCGACAAAAUGGUCGGAAACCCUAUUUGCGUUCAGAUACCCUGGGAUAAAAAUGAUGAAGCACUCGCUAAAUGGGCAAAUGCACAGACAGGAUUUCCUUGGAUUGACGCGAUUAUGACGCAGUUGCGCGAAGAGGGUUGGAUUCAUCAUCUUGCGCGGCAUGCGGUCGCAUGCUUUCUUACUCGUGGGGAUCUCUGGGUGUCUUGGGAGGAAGGGAUGAAGGUGUUUGAUGAGCUGCUGCUGGAUGCUGACUGGAGCGUGAAUGCUGGUUCAUGGUUGUGGCUUUCCUGCUCCUCCUUCUUCCAGCAGUUUUUCCACUGUUAUUGUCCUGUGAAGUUCGGGAGGAAAGCUGACGCUAACGGGGACUAUAUCAGACGUUACCUACCGGUGCUGAAGAAUUAUCCUACCCGGUAUAUUCAUGAACCCUGGACUGCCCCGGACGCCGUUCAAAAAUCCGCUAGAUGUAUAAUUGGCCAGGACUACCCUAAACCAAUCUGUCAUCAUCCUGUUGUAUCAAAAAUCAACAUGGAGCGGAUGAAACAAGUUUACCAGCAGCUAGCUCACUACAGACAGACUGGACAGACGGGCCCCGGAAUUCCUCAGGAUUUAUUGAAUCAGCUGCCCAAGACUCCUAAGAUCCCUAAAGUACCCAAUGUUACCGGAGGAUCAAUGGGACCACCGAAUCCUCCGUCAAACGAGAAGAAAAAGGACGGAUAUGACUGUAUGGAUCAGCCGGAAAGUAGCUCACAGAUCCAGGAACAAAACUGGAUUGGGAGCUGCGAAUCCAAGUUCUCUGAUCAAACCUGGAUUAGAUCUAAGAGUCAGGAUUGGGUUGGAAACCCUGAAGCCAAGGUUCAAGACCAGACAUGGAUCGGGAGUAGUACUCCGAUUCCUAGAGCAUCAGUACUAACAGAUCUUCAGACAACCAUAGACAACAAGGAGUGUACACGACGAGCUGAGGAACAAGCGUCCAUCUUAUCUCAGACCGGGGGGGUCAUCGUGUAUGAACAGUACAACGGGGCAAAUUCACAAUACAUUCCGUAUAUUCAGGAGAGAAAAAAUAGUAGUCAAUCAACUUCAAUUCACCAGACCUCAGAUUGUCUGCCUGUAUUAUCUGAAGAUAUUCUACUGCCUAUCUCCGACCAGGCCCGCCAGGCGCGCCAGUAUGUGGGUAGCCAGGAAAACCUGUCAGUCGGGAAAAAUCACACACAGAACAUGUCUCUUAUGUCACAGGUUGAUAUGAUGUCUCUAAUGGGGAGAGGAGAACCUUCACAAGGACUGAUAACUUCUACGGACCAGUCCGGGGCUACAGACGAUAAAACUACAUUACAGUCAAACACAGCGGGCUCACAGUCAGGAAAUGAAAGCUCCGGGUUACAGACCGGGGUUAUCAACUCCUGUUUACAGACCGGGGUUAGCAGUUCUGGUUUACAGACCGGGGUUAUCGGGUCUGGAUCUGUGAGCGACGGGGUUGAGGAUAUUGGAGUUAUUUGUCCCGGUUCAUCACAAUCAUCAACUGAAAGCCGACAUUAUAACCCGGCACUAAGGUAUUCAGGGUAUAAUGAAGAAACACAGAAUGAAUAUUUCCCGCAAAGUAACGAGUAAAAAUCUCAUCACCUAGAUCCAGUCCAACCAGCUAACUGGAAAUAUCGAUCGAAUCUGAUUCUAAAAAGUCUGAAAAUAGAAUCCUGUCCCGAAAUAACCUUCAGUAUAGUAGGUUAGAAUCAGUAUGAAAUAAUUACAUUUUUAUUCAUUAUAACUCUUAAAGCUGAUCAAUGAAUCCUCUUUUAUUUUUAUGUAUAUUUUAAAUAAGUUAAAUGAACAGAUUUGUUUAAAAAGUCAUAAUACUCAUUUAAGUCGUCAUGUCAAUUAAUGACUGGAAACUUGAAAAUAUUAUCUUAUGAUCAUAGAUUUAAUUUAUAUAUUAUAUGAACUAGAUUGACAAUAUUUGGUUAGAAAAUUAAAUUAUUGAUAUUUACGGUUUAAAGAUCAUUUCUGAAUUCUCAUCUGUUUUUGUAACCUAUGUAAUAUGUAUUGUUUUGCACGCAUGCCGUACACUGAAUUCACCACGAUGGAACAAGUCUCAACUUUUGUAUUUUUUUUUUUCAAUUAGAUUAUAAUGUUUCUCAACUAUUUCACUUAUAAUGUUUCUUUACUAUUUAAGUUAUAACGUUCUUCACUAAGCUUUAACACUUCUUAACUUAGUUAUAACGUUUCUCAACUAAGUUAAAACGUUUCCUAACUAAGUUAUAACGUUUCUCAACUAUUCAGGUUAUAACGUUUUUCAGCUAAGGUAAAACGUAUCCCAACCAUGAAGUUUUCCUGUGGGGGGAAAAUAUGAUUUUUUAUAAUAUUUUUACAGGAUUACCCAUAAAGGAAGCUUGAGAGACUAUUUAACGGAAUUUGUUAGGUCUUUUCUUUUUUUUGUGUGACAAUUUCUGAGAAAUAACAUUAUAGUAUUAAUUUAACACAUUUGGACAAAUUCAACCUUUAGUUUGUUGUAUUAAAAAGUUAUUUCGUAUUGAUAGUCUAAUACUUUCUGGGUUACCCUGAUGUUUUUUCCUCCACUUAAAACGUUAAUAGGAGUCGAAUGGAUUAUCAAGUAAAAUAGGUGGCAACAGAGAAAUGGACUAAUUAUACACCACGUCAUAAGUGUCAAAUAUAAUUCCCUGACUUUAGUUGACAUGUUUUUUUAGAUUCAUUAAAAAAGUGGGAAAACAUAGAAUAAAGAACACAUAAAAUUGCACUUUAUUUUACUGAAAGAUGAGGACUUUAUUACAAAAUUAUCACUAUUAUUAAUAAUUUUGUCUGAAACAAAAAAUACAGCUGUACUGAGACCUGAGAGUGUACGUUGCCAUCUGUUUUACUAGUAUCUAUGAUAGUAGUAAACCAUUAUGAUUUUACCCCGGAAGUUCCUUUUAAGAUCUUUAAAUCCUCGUAUCUUUUUUAUAAUUAUUUUUUUCUCUUUUUUACUCAAAUUAUCGAAGCUUUUUAAGCUAACUUAACAACAAAUCGUUUAUUUUUAUUGAGGUUGAAGAUUAAAUCUGUCUGAUUGAAGAUGGAAAGAUGGAGCCAUAAAAUGUAUCCAAAAGAAAUUCUGUGUCUAUACAUUCUUUGGAAUGUAUAAUUUAUCCAAAGAAAUUUAUUGACAAGCUUUAAUUCUGUUAAAGUUUUUUAACAAAACUUUGUUUCCACAUCCGCCGCGCUCUUUGUGAUUGUAAAAUUGUUAGGUAUUUAACCACUAUUGAAAUAUAUAAUUAUGAUGCUGUAAA